AUGCCUAUUGUGUCCACACUUGCUCAACGAGCCAAUACAUGGCUGUUGCCAGGACUUGAAAGGAUCAUUCAUGUUUACUCUACAGUCAUUAUGCCCCAUCUACGUCAACGAAAAGCAUUCGUUGUCCCCCUUGUUGCCAUGGCGACCGUAACACUCGCUCUUUAUCGUUUCUAUCGAAAGAUUAGCCGACCUCCCGCCUCCCUCAGUCACUUGCCCUAUUGUGAUUUUUGGACCACCAUCAAGUAUUACAUGACCAAUGGCCUUGUACAAGAUUAUUCACGCCAAGUCAUCCUUCCAACACUGGCAGCAGGUUCUGGUGUCUUUGCACGAUUUAGCCCUGAGGGUUGGAUUGUUGAUAUUGCUGAUCCAAUAGCAGCAAAACAAAUGCUUCUAAAGACUGAUAACUUUCCGAAAUCGGAGACAACCAUGGGUGUUCAAGGCACCUUGAUUGAACGCUAUGUGGGUGGGCCUAAUAUUGUAUUCCUUAAUGGCCAUGAUUGGAAGCGUCAUCGCAAGAUUGCCAAUCCAGCAUUCCAUCGUGCAUUCCCAGUGAAGCUCUUUGGCACUUUGGCACAAAACAUGUUCAAGGCUGUCGAUGAUGAUAGCAAUGGCAAGAUCAAUGUUCUCGAUAUCUUUACGAGAUUAACAUUGGAUGCCAUUGGCACUGCCGGUUUUGGUUUCAACUUUAAUGCUUUGGAGGAUAAGGACAACAAGUGGGUUUCCGGGUAUAAUAGCAUUAGAGAGGGCAUGGUCAAGCCUCUCUAUAUCCUAAUGCCCAUCUUCGAUACCAAGUUUGUGCAUCUCAUCCCCGACCGACAAAAGGCACACGACAACCUCACUGAUUUUCUCAACAUGCUGGAUACCAUUAUCAAUGACAAGCGGGAGCAAAUUGCUGCCAAAAAAGCUGCCGAUAUUGAAGACCAUGAAAAGGACUUGCUCACGCUCAUGAUUGAAAGCGAAAUGAAUCCGGAAUCGGAGGGUGCUGUCAUGUCCAAUGAAGAACUCAAGAGCAAUUUGUGCAUCUUUUUCUUAGCCGGUCAUGAUACCACCGCAUUUGCAUUAUCAUGCGCUAUAUACGAACUUGCAAAGAACCAGGACGUUCAAGAAAAGGCACGACAAGAAGUCAUUCGCAUUUUGGGCGAUGAGUCAUGCGAUGUAUUGCCCACGGUCGAACAAACAAAGCAAAUGACCUAUCUAAACACCAUCAUCAAAGAGACACUAAGAUUGCAUAAUCCUCUAUUAACAAUGACGACUCGUACCACUGUGGAAGACUGCGAAUUGGGUGGUGUCUUCAUCCCAAAGGACACCAAGAUUGAUGUUGACAUUUACAAUCUUCAUCGAAGUCCACGUGUGUGGAGUAAUCCCGAUGAAUUCAUUCCUGAUCGAUAUGCACCUGGAGGUGAAGCCGAACGUCAACCUGGCUCAGGGUUAGCUUGGGUGCCUUUCAGUAAUGGUGGACGUCAGUGUAUCGGUAUGAAUUUUUCCCUCGCACAACAACGUGUUGUUUUGGCUAUGCUACUACGUAAAUAUACAUUUGAGCUACCAAAAGAUACCAUCCACAAGAACGAUAUCCAGAAACGAGGCAUCAUUUUCGGCAUGAUCACUAUUGAAAACCUGGAUAUUGUUUUCAAUCGUCGUUAUUAG